AAAGACGUGAUACGUGAUGUGUCAAAUAUUAGACAGAAAAAAAGAAAAGAAAAAUCAGAUAGACGCAAAACUGUAGUGUUUCGUCACAAUCCAUUGUUAAAGCCACACAAUAGGAUGAAUGUCUUAAGUUGAUUAUAGAGCUUGAAAUAGACUAAAACGUCACCAAAGUCUUAGUUUCCUUUCGAAACAGACACCGCGGUAUGUGGCGGCUAGCGGUGCUAGCUUGCAGCUGUUAUUAGAGCUGAAGAGAACGCAAUGAAUUCAGAGACAGGGGCAGGCGACAAUAACUGACGGAUCUGAGCUACUCUCCUGCCAGCCAGCGUGGUUUCUGUUUACCUGCUUAUCAGGUGGAUUGUGAGGGGGCGGGGCCACACAUCAGGUAGAAGGCAUGCCUGUGGAGGGAGGAAGCAGUAGCGGCUCAGGUUCAGCUGCACGUCACCCCAAGCAGAAGCGCAAGGCUCACAGCCUGUCAAUCCGCCGCACCAACAGCACAGAGGACAGGCCGCCGGGCGUCCUACGAGGAGACAUGCUGGAAGGACAGGACUCCAAGCUGCCCCACGCCUUGAGGAACAAUCUCCUUGACCUGUUUGGCCAGAUUGAGCGCGAGUUUGAAAAUCUCUACAUUGAAAACCUCGAACUGCGGCGGGAAAUCGACUCGCUGAACGAGCGACUGACUGGAGAUGGACAGACGAUCGAGGGAGGAGACCCCACCAAAGGAGCUCUGAAAGCUAAAGCCAGCCACAGCACCAGCCAGCUGUCACAGAAGCUGAAGACCACCUACAAGGCCUCGACCAGCAAGAUCGUGUCCAGCUUCAAGGCCACCACAGGCUCCCGGGCUUUAUGUCAGCUCCUUAAGGAAUACGUGGGCCAUCGGGACGGGAUCUGGGACCUGAGCGUCACCCGAACGCAGCCAGUGGUGCUCGGCACGGCUUCUGCUGAUCACUCUGCGCUGCUGUGGAGCAUAGAGACAGGAAAAUGUCUGCUGAAGUACUCUGGCCAUGCAGGAUCAGUGAACUCCAUCAAAUUCCACCCGACAGAGCAGAUGGCGCUCACAGCCUCUGGAGAUCAGACGGCUCACAUCUGGCGCUACAUGGUGCAACUUCCUGCCCCUCAGCCACCACCAGAUGUCACUACUCUGUGCGAUGAAGACCAGGACUCUUCGGACAGAGAGGAGGGCGAGGUGGACGGAGAAGGCCCAUGCGAGGUCCCCACUGUCAGGGUUGCCACAGCAACGCUGAAGAGCCACCAGAGCGUGGUGAUUGCUGCUGACUGGCUGGUAGGAGGACGACAGGUGGUGACGGCCUCCUGGGAUCGGGCUGCCAACCUUUACGAGGUGGAGACGUCUGAACUUGUUCACACUCUCACUGGCCAUGACCAGGAGCUGACCCAUUGCUGCACGCACCCCACCCAACGUCUUGUGGUCACGUCAUCCAGAGACACCACCUUCAGACUGUGGGACUUCAGAGACCCAUCAAUCCACUCGGUCAACGUCUUUCAGGGACACACAGAUACGGUGACGUCUGCCGUGUUCACCACGGGAGACAACGUGGUCUCGGGGAGCGACGAUCGCACAGUCAAAGUGUGGGAUCUGAAGAAUAUGAGGUCGCCCAUAACAACCAUCCGCACCGACUCAGCUGUGAACAGGAUUAGCGUUUCUGCCAACCAGAGGAUCAUCGCUUUGCCGCACGACAAUCGGCAAGUCCGGCUGUUCGACAUGAGCGGCGUGAGGCUGGCCCGACUUCCACGCAGCAACCGGAUGGGUCACCGGCGGAUGGUGUGCUGCACGGCGUGGAACGAGGAGAAUCAGACCUGCAACCUCUUCACCUGUGGCUUUGACCGGCAGGCCAUUGGUUGGAACAUCAACAUCCCCGCCCUGCUGCAGGAGAAGUGACGGACCCCGACACCCCCCAUGUACAUACAGCAUGGUAUAAACCAACACUGGAAUCUGCUGCCUCGAACAUGCCAAACUUUCACCGCCAUAGAGCUUUAAAAAGCUCCUGCUUGGUGACUCGGCUGGCAUGAGCGAGGCCGCAGAGCUCCCAUUUCCGCCUCCUCCUUCCGCAUGGAUCGUGACGCGGCUCAGCCUCACCCCUCCUCUGCGUGGAAUAUAUUUGAGUCUGCCUUUGCGAGCCGCUGUUCCCGCCACUGUCCACGUUCCACUGAAUUUCCGCCCCCGCAUGUAGGUCGUCUCAAGUGUUUUGAUCGUCAGAACAAGUCAAAAAUGGCGGCGCAGAUUGAAGGCUUGGGAUGAGGUGGCCCGUCUGUUUCAGGGAGGAGCUCAUUUUAUCACACUGAAUGAAACAUAUCACACCCUCGGACCGCCACUUUUAGAGUGCCGGACCGCUGUGUUGUCUUAAAACAGAUACACACACUUUCUUUUUUUUGUUUUUGUGCCCUUGCCUCUUAUUUUAGACACUUUCAGUCGCGCGCCACGCUUCCAGAUGUUGUCAAACUUUACUCUGCCUUGUUCCAUGUUUACAAAGCCUUUUCUUUUCAUAUAUAUAUUUUUGUUUAUUCCACCGUUCUGAUAGGAUGCAAAGUGUCAAGGGCGUUGCAAUAAAGGCAGACUUCAAUGCAGUAUUCUCAAUACUUUGCUGGUUCUGAUUCCAAGUCGUGCCGUCAGUGACAUCAUCUGUGUUGCUGUAAUGUGUGAUCCCAAAGUGAACUUGUCAGUUACUGUUUGUGCCUGUCCACGCGAAAACACCUUUUUCAGGUUUCCUUUCUUUUAAAGAAAUAGAAGCAAUAGCCGAGCUUCAAGCACGGUUCUUUAUUUUAUUUAUUUUUGAAACGUGUUUUUCUGAACUCAAACACUGAAUCUUACAGAGGAGUAUUGGAGCCGCCAUGAAAGAAGAAAAACAAGCAAAUACAUGGGAAUGAAGUCGCAAAAUAAUGAAAUAUUUUUACAAGAAUAAACUUGUGCAAUUAUGAGUGACAAAAUUGUACAAGAUUAAAGUCGUAAAAUUAUGAGAAAAACGUUACGUUUACAGAGAUAGAAAAUUAGUCAAAAUUUUAAAGAAUAAAGUUUACAUCUUAUGAGAAAGUAGAAACUUUACAAGAACGAAAUUGUAAAAUUAUGAAAAGUCAAAAUCUUAUAAAGUUGUACAAUUAUGAAGAAACAAGUCAAAAACUAUCAAAGUUCUAAAACUAUGAGAAAAAAGUCAAAAUUUUACAAGAAUGAAAUUUUAAAAUUAUGGGAAAUUAAAAUUGAGCAAGUUUGAAGCUGCAAAUAUGAGGAAAAUACAAAAAUUAAGUAGUAAAAUUAUGAAACAAUUGUGUAAGAAAAAGUUGAAAUUUUUUAAUAAUAAAGUUGUAAAGUUAUGAGAAAAAAGUCAACAUUUUAUGAGAAUAGUCGUGAUAAAUAAAUAGAAAUUUUACAAGAAUCAAAUCAUAAAGUUAUAAGAAAAAAUUCUGAAAUUUAUGCUUGAUUAAGUUGUCGUUCUACAGGGAAAAAGCUUUGCUUUUUUGAAAAAAAAGGUAUAUUUAACUGUUUAAUUUAUAUUGUGGAUAAUCUGAGAAAUCCAGAAAAGCUCACACUGCUUAAGACUCUUGCUGAAUCUACUUUACUUUUCUGCAAAUGUGCAACUUUGGUUUUGUGAAAAUACAAUUUUAUUUUUGAAAAACCGUGACUUUUUCCUUGGAAAAAUUGAAACCUUUAAAUUAUAGAUGUAUAAUUUUAAUUCUUGUAAAAUGUUGGCCUAAUUUCUAAUAACUGUACAACUUUAUUAUUGUAUCAUUUAGACUUUUUAUCAUAUUUUUACAACUUUAUUCUCCUUUAUUUAUUGUUUUUCUUUGAUGGCGGUCCUAAUACUCCAUAGUUAGUAGAAUCUUUAUUUAAGCAUGUCUGGAUUUAAUCAAAUGUAGUUUGUUACACUUGUGCAAUAGGCUAAAAUGAAUCGAUGCUGUAGUUUUUAACUUAUUUCAGUGCUGUAAAUCCUUAAAAAAGAGCUGUACUUGCAUUUCUGACUGGUAUUGAUGUACUGUAGCUCGGUGUACAUUCGUGUGUUGAAGUCACUUCUGCAGAUAAAAGCCUCGUCAUGCAUUUCGAUGUAGCAUAAAAAUGAAAUAAAUUUGCCUUAUAUUUCCUUGUAAGAUGGAGCAGAAAUGUUAUCCUUCUGAGCAUCUUCCAAAUGCUUGUUAAAGAACUUUAAUUGUGGCCUGCAGCACGGUGCAGAUCCUUCUUUCUCUCUUUUUUUUCUCUGGUUUCAUUCAAAGAAGUCAAUCUUGCGUCCGCUGGUAUCGGUGUCAUUUUAAUCUGCGGCUGGAACGGGAACGUGCAGCCUGCUUAUGAAAUUCCAACUGGAGGAAAUGUGAUUUUUGGCUCGAUACAUGAAAUUACUGCAGGAGCCAGACUGCAGGAGGAGAAGCAAAAAAAAAAAAAUCGUCUUCGGCUCACAAAGUGAAUUUCUAUUCAACUCCAGCUGUGUUCUGUGAUCUACUUUACAUACUUUAUUGUGACUGUUUCGUGCUCUCUGACACUUUUGGAAUAAAAGAAAAAAAGUGA